AUGCUGUCACGUCGGUUGUCCUCAAAUGUCUCUUUUGCUUCGCGUGUCAGUGCACGCUACCCAGUGCGAUCCUCUGUGCAACUCUUCAGUCUGCUUCGAGACUAUUCCAAUGUGGGUGAUGUUGGUCUUGAUGAAGUCUUCGAAACGAUUACCCGAAUAAUAUUGAUCAAUUGUCUCACGAAAUUUCUAUUCUUUUCUCUCUUUUUUUCUCUCCCUCUCAACUCUCACUCUCUCUCUCUCUCUCUCUCUCUCUCUCUAUCCCUCUCUACCUAUAUAACAAUCUAUCUAUCUCUAUCUCCCGCUUUUUAUCUUUUUCGAUUUUUCUCCUCUCUUCUUUUUUAUUUCAUUUCGCUUUCCAUUCUUUCAAUGACUAUCCAACUUAAAUUGCAGUUUACUUUUCCUUCUCUCUCUCUCUCUCUCUCUCUCUCUAUCUAUCUAUCUAUCUAUCUAUCUAUCUCUCUUUGUCAUUCUCCGUAUCUGUCUCUCUCUCUCUCUCUCUCUCACUCUUAUGGCCUCACGCCUCUGCUUUUUGUCCCAUUUCCACGGAAAGUACCGCUGAACAGACCGAAAAUUUGGCAGCAGAAGCAUCAGUUAUGUCAUCACGACGCGCUAGACUUUCAACUGAAGAGCGUUUAG